AUGGAGGUGGCAGAAGUGAGCAAUGACACCCGCGGGUGGAUCAUGUGCAUCAUAUUCUCGGCCCUGCAUAGUAUGCUACCCGAGUCCGAGGAGUACCUGCGCAGGGACAAGUACGAAUCGAUGGACGCCGGCUUGAUCAUGAUGGGGUGCUUCGUCGGCGGCUUCCUGGGGAUACAGGGCGUGUCGAGGCUGCUUCACCGCGUCAUGCCCUCACAUGUGGUCGACUGCGAUCACACCCACGACGACGCGGAUGGGGACGAAGACCACGCCAAACACGACCACGCCGAUGGUGUCAGCCGCCAGCCGUCGCGCAUCGGUAGGGCGAGGACGCGGCUGUCGUCCCAGGGCAGACGGAUAACUACUGUCACGAAGCUGCACGAAAAUGGCCAUUCCCACUCCCACGGCCACGGACACGGCGACUCCCACGGCCAUCGGCACGUGUCUGAGUCCACACCGCUCCUGCAAUCUGCGGGCAACCAGCAGGCCAACGGACGGCCACAUCCCGAUCCCCAGCAGCAUGGCCUGUCAGCCGUCACGGAUGGCUUGCGCCAACAGGCACUGGCCCCGAAGCAUUCGUCUAUCGGUGUUGGCCGUCGUCCAUCCCUCAUUGACAUGCGCGAUCGUGUCAUGUCCUUCGUCAAGGACACCAAGAGAACCUGUGACGUAAAUGGCCCUUGCUAUGGCUACAGUGAUCCCUGUGGGCAGGAAUGUUUCAAGCAUCUCAGCUCGCGGUCUGCAAUCUCGAGACAGAACUCACGCUCCGCGUCGCGAAUGAACACGAGCAUCUUUCAACCUACUGCGCCACUGUUUGAGAGGGUGUCAGAGGAGGGCAGCGAGAUCGAUUCAGGGGCGGCCUCGCCUUUCAGCCCUUUGGGUCAAGCCAGCCGCACCCAAUCGCGGGAGGCAGCGGUCGGGGCGGGCCAUCACGAUCAUCCUCAUCACGACCACCAUCAUCACCCGGAUGAGGACGACUACUCCCACGACCACAUGUCGGAGGCAAGCACCGACCUCGAAGCCCAAGACGGCGCAGCUCAUCACCACCACGUCCCGGCGAACGCGUUCCUGUCCAUCGGCCUGCAGACCGUCAUCGCCAUCGCGCUGCACAAGUUCCCCGAGGGCUUCAUCACCUACGCCACCAACCACGCCAACCCUCAGCUCGGCUUCAACGUAUUUAUGGCCCUCUUCGUACACAAUAUUGCCGAGGGUUUUGCCAUGGCCCUGCCACUGUACAUGGCCCUGGGUUCGCGCCUGAAAGCGAUAGCCUGGUCCAGUCUUCUGGGCGGCUUCAGCCAGCCUAUGGGCGCUGGCAUAGCAUGGCUGGUAUUCAGGUUCUUUGGCUCCGGCGAGGGGGUCGGAAUCGACAACACCGCCUACGCGAUCCUGUUCGCUGCAACGGCGGGCAUCAUGGCGAGUGUUGCUCUGCAGCUCUUUGUCGAGAGCUUAAGCCUGAACCACAAUCGCAACCUGAGCAUUGCCUUUGCGUUCCUGGGCAUGGUGCUCUUGGGAGUGAGCAACGCAGUUGCUGGCCACCACUGA